AUGACGAGCGCCCAGUCUACUGUACGCCUAAUGCGUUCUCUAGCCAAGUCUAUGGAAUUGGAGAACUAUGUAUCUCCUGCCAAGAAAACAAGAAUGCAAGACGUCAUCCCCCCACCUACACCCGACUCGAAGGUGAUUGUUCUUGAUGAUGAACCAGGGCUGGACCAUUAUGAGCUAGGUGUGCAAAACAAACCCCUCACGCCUCCACAAAAAUUGUCAAUGAAGGUAUGUAAUCCUAGUGAUGUACAUAUGCUUCCUUUUCGCCCACUAUUUUCGUUGUUUUCCUUCGUUCCUUUCUCCGCCACUUGA